AUGUUGAUAUUAGCUUUAGCAGAUGCACAUAUACCAGAUAGAGCGAUUGAUUUACCAAGUAAAUUUCAAAAACUACUAAAUGUUCCAAACAAGAUUUCAAAAGUUAUUUUAUUGGGUAAUUGUACCAAAUCAUACAGCUUUCUAAAAUUUGUCCAAUCAAUAACUCCAAAUAUAGUACCAGUUCGUGGUGAGUUUGACAAUGGUAAAAUAAUCUUACCAUCUAAAGAUACCGGAUCAAUAAACCAUUCAAAACAAAGCCAAGAAAUACCCAUGACUGCAGUAUUUGAGCAAGGUGGAUUCAGAAUUGGCUGUUGUAGCGGUUAUACUAUUGUACCAAAGAGUGAUCCACUAUCAUUACUAGCAUUAGCAAGACAAUUAGAUGUUGAUAUAAUGUUGUGGGGUGGCACUCACAAUGUAGAGGCUUAUACAUUAGAAGGUAAAUUUUUUGUCAAUCCAGGUAGCUGCACGGGUGCUUUUAAUACUGAUUGGCCAAUACCUAAUGAUUUUGAAUCAGAAUUCAUUGAUAUACCAGAGGCACCCAAAGAAGAAAUUAAAAAAGAAGCUAAAGACAACAUUACAGAUAACACGGAUAAUGAGGUUACCAAUAAAGAUUCAGAAUUAGACAACAAACAAGAUGUUGUAAAACUUGAUAGUAGUGAAGAAAAAAAUACAGUAACAAAAGCUGCCAAAGAUAUAACUAAUGAAUAUACGGAAACGAACUUAAGAUCUGAAAAAUCUUUCACCGUAGAUACAGAAUCUACUUCAGAUGUUGAUCAAAAAAUAAACCGUAAGGAACAAGAUACAUCUAAGGAGAUUGAAGAUACCUCACAAGACUUUGAUCAGAACCAAAAAGAAGAAUUAGAAAAAGAACCCAAAAUGAAGUCAGAUAGCGAACAGGACGAAAAAGAAGAUGAGAUAACCCAAGAAGUUAAGGACAAUAAACAGCCAAUUACUAAAUCUUCUUUCCAAAUUUCAGAAUUCGAUGUCAAUGGUGCUAGUUCCCCAAGUUUUGUUCUUUUGGAUAUACAAGCAAGUGUUUGCACACUAUACGUUUAUAUGCUGUUGGAUGGUGAAGUAAAAGUUGAUAAGGUUGUAUAUAAAAAGGAUGCAUAG